AUGGAGAGGACCAAUGAUUCCAUGUUGACAGAAUUUGUCCUGGUUGGGCUUUCUGUCCACCCAAAGCUCCAGACAGUUUUCUUUGUGCUAGUUUUGUGGGUGUACCUGAUGAUCCUGCUGGGAAGUGGAGUCCUCAUCUCUGUAAUCAUCUGUGAUUCUCACUUUCACACCCCAAUGCAUUUCCUUCUCUGUAAUCUUUCCUUUCUGGACAUUUGCUAUACAAGCUCCUUUGUCCCGAUAAUUCUGGACAGCUUCAUGACAGGAAGGAAAAGAGUUUCCUUCUCUGGGUGCAUGGUGCAAAUGUUUCUCUCCUUUGCAAUGGGGGCCACAAAGUGUGAGUUUCUAGGCAUGAUGGUACUUGACUGCUACGUGGCCAUCUGCUACCCACUGAGAUACCCUGCUAUCAUGAGCAAAGGUACCUACGUGCCCAUGGCAGCUGGAUCUUGGGUUGCUGGGCUUGUGGACUCCGUGGUGCAGGCAUCUCUCACAAUACAAUUACCAUUCUGUGCUAACAAUGUCAUUAACUACUUUGUCUGUGAAAUUCUAGCUACCCUAGAACUGGCCUGUGCUGAUAUUUCAAUCAGUGUGAUCAGCAUGGCAGGGUCAAUGAUUCUUCUGGUUAUUCCAUUGCUGGUACUUUCCAUCUCUUACAUUUUUAUUCUUGCCACUAUUCUGAGGAUCUCUUCUACUGAAGGAAAACGUGAGUCCUUCUCCACCUGCUCAGCCCACCUGACAGUGGUGAUUAUAUUCUAUGGAACCAUCUUCUUCAUGUACACAAAGCCCAGAUCUAAAAGCUCUGUUGGUCCAGAUAAUCAAGGCACCUUUGAGGUCCUCAUCUCCCUCUCCUAUGGAGUGAUGACCCCCAUGCUCAAUCCUCUCAUCUAUAGUCUGAGGAACAAGGAUGUAAAGACUGCUGUGAGGAACAUGCUGGGUAGGAAAAACUCUGAUGGAAUAUGA